UGAUUAUUCCCUACAUAAGGACUCGACGGCAUGUCUAACCGUACUGUAGCAGUCUUUCCCGCUUCUGGAGGCAUCGGAGGCAGCACUGUAAAGCAUCUUCUCCCCCGCCUCCAAGCUAAUGAGCUGGUGUUCAUCGCUCGCAAUCCUCAUAAGUUGGAGGCCGAAUCCAAUGCGGGAGCAACGAUCCGCAAGGCAGAUUAUGACGACGAUAGCAGCUUCGAGCACGCAUUUGAUGCGGUCUAUGCCCUCUUUUUGAUCUCGUACGCUUCCGUCGAGCAUGAAUACCGGAGUAAGCGUCACCGAGUGGCCAUUGAUGCGGCCAUCUGCAGCGGAGUCAGAUAUAUUUUCUAUGGAUCCUUGGGAUACGGCGGUCGGCCCGAAAACAAGGAGUCUGUCCCCCAUGUAAUGCAGGCUCAUUUAGAUACCGAACGGUAUCUUGAUGAAUGUACCCGACGUCACCCAGGGUUCGAGUAUACCAUCAUUCGUGGGGGGCUCUACUCUGAGCCAUACCCACUUUACACCUCCUUCUUCGACCCUAUGAACCCAGUGGGCACGAUCAACGUCCCCCACGACGGCUCCGGCCCAGGGAUUGCGUGGGUUAAGCGUGAUGAGCUGGGCGAGGGAACCGCCGAGCUAAUAGCGCGAUUCGUGAAGGACCCUAACGUCUUCAGAUACCGUCAACAGACACUCUUGCUUUCUGGGGGCAAGACCCUAACCUUGAAGGAAACUGUGAACGUUUUGAGCAAGGUAGCGAAGCGGUCAGUUAAGAUCCAGAAGGCCACUGAGGAGGAGUUUGCCGCACUUCCACAGAACCAACAGAGCUUUACGUGCCAUGGAGUGGAUCAUUCAAUGGUGUGUACCUCUACUUUCGAGGCCAUCCGUCAAGGUGAAGGGGGCGUAUGUGGAUCCCUUGUUGAAAGAGCUGAACCUUCAGAGACAUAUAUGCGUUAUCUUCAUCAAACUUAA